UUUUUGUUUUAUUUCGUCCCUUUCUUUCAGAGGCUCGACAAUAGUCCUCCGGGGGCUCGGUCUCGUGUCGCUGGCAGAGGUGACCCGGCCCCACGGCCGCCUGCCCUCGGCGCUGCAAACAGGACUUGCAGCGAAAUUUUAAAGAAGUAAAACUUGCAUUUGGGUGCCUGUUUUUGAGCAUUUCUUUAUACAUUGUAGGGUGUAUUUUCCUCCUCUUCGGUGCCCAGCUCUCGGCACGCUGAGAGUUGAAGGUAGCCUGGGCUUUAACACACGCUCGGGGGCUGAAGUCCAGAGGUCUUCAAGCAGCUUGAGCAUGUUACUGCUAACGUUAAAUUACGGGGUUUAGACGAAAAAUAUAAUGAAGUGAGUGGGGUUGGUUUGUCAAAGUUAACGUGAAGUUCCUGGGCAAGGAAAACUGGGCUGAACUUUACAGGGAUGGGAGAGCAAGAAGGGGAACAGGAUGAGCUGGGGAGGCUGGCAGGGCGUUACGCUGAUGGCGUGCAGGCAGGACCUGCAACUCGAAGAACCGCGCUGCAACGCCUUCCUCGCGCUGCUGAGCGACGAGGUUAAUUAGCCAGGGGCUAGCGGCGAGCUCGUUUGCCUUUGUGCAUUGCAACGCCAGGCGUGCACGCCCAGGGAGGCUUUUCUGUGAUCUCUGUCCAGGCUUGGCCCCUGACGGGGGAUCUCAGGGGCACGAGGGGUCUGCUGCAGCACACCUGGGCAGGCGGCCCGUCUUUUAAAACAGCGGGGAGAUGCUGCUCUGACAAGUGCAAUUAGCAUGAAAGUGUAGGAAUGCAGGUGGCGAUGUACAGGCACACAGCUAGGCUGGCUUCUGAGUCAUUUUAAAGGUUACGGGACCUUUCUGCCAACCCAAAGGUCAAUAAAAGCCUUCCCACAAUACCCGAAAUGCCAGCGGUCCUCACUGCCAGGCGUUGCUGCUCGGUUUGGGGUUAGCGCCCAGGAAGCAGCAGCGUGCCCGGGGGCCAGGCUUUAAAUGCAUCAAAAUUCGUUGCCUGGCUCUGCGCUGCUUUUUGGAAGUUAGGUCUCAGCACGGACUCGGGGUUUGUUAGGUGUGUGGGGUCACGGUGGUACAGGAGGGCUUUGCAGCUGAGUGCAAGGAGCCGAAUCCCAUAAGCUGUCCGUGGUUAAAGCCCGAGCGUGCGGCCGCUGUGCUGCAGCCGAGGAGUGGCGCGGUGUUUGACAAGCAGUGCCAGCGUGGUCGUUCAUCUAUUUGUGUAAAUGGCCUAGAAAACGGGUAAAAUUCCACUAAUCCCUCUGUAAGUGAGCUUAUCGGGGGAUCCGAGUUUCCUGUUGCCUCUCCCCUGCUGCUCGAUGCAAUAAAAGGGCCGGCCGGAAAAUCCCGGUGGUUCCUCUGUUGGGGUCCGUCACUUGUUCCACGCUGGCUAACCUGCCUCUGCAGAGGUUAUGGUUUUCCAGUUUUUCCUCUGGCUUUUGGCUCUGUUUUGGGUAUUUGGAGCUGGAGCUUAUAAACAGAGCCUUUUAAGAUACGUGGGUGUGAUAUAAACUAUAGGGACAUCGGGGAACGUGCUGGGGUGUGCGACGGGCAGGGUGCUGGUGAGCAGAGAUGUGUGUAAUGCCUACUUUACGUGAAAAGUAAAGUUGAGCCCUGCCUCGAGUCUCUGAUCAACGUACAACGCUGGUCGUACUCGCUGUUGUGGCUAAAAAAGGGAGAAAGAACGAAAGAAGCUAAAUGUGUUUUUAUCAACCGUGGCGGGGGAUCCCUGCCACAGCGGCUUGCCCUGGGAAUGCUGCCGAUGUGAAAAAUGCCGCGUCCUGCAGGAAAGGAUAAAGGAUGGAUCCUUCCUGCCCCGGCCUCGUCUCCUCGUUGUGCCGUGGGCACGGGGCUGCUGGUGGUCCAGGUGGAGCUCCCCUGUGCUGGGAGCCUGCAGCGCAGGCAGAGCACCUGGUGUAGGGACUGGCUUUGACAAGUUAUUGACAAAAUUCUCAGCGUCCUGCAUUUUCCUGGUUGGGUAGCAGAAGGAAAUACCUGUGCUUUGUGAUACCGUGAGGUUCCAGGUCCCGCAAGCCGUGGCUCUGUGUUUCCUUCCAGCCCCGUGCCCGAGCAGGCGCCGACUUUUCCAGGUGCUGGUGUUUGUGCCGACGGCGCGGAGGAAAAAGCUUUCGCCUUCGUCUCUCUUUCGGUUUCGGGUUAGCAGCCAGGCUCAUCGCUAACUUUUCUCUUUGUAUGGCAGGUUAGAUCACAGUUCAGAAAUGGGAAGUAAAAAGUGCAGAACUGUGCUCCCGGACCAGCGGGGGAAUAAAACCCAGAGGCAGAAGUGCCACCGGCUGUCUGCCCCCAGGCCUCGGGGGUGCAGGCGAGCGCACGCCGGGGAUGCUCGGGGCAGGGCAGGGCCUGCAGAAGGCUGGCACCUGUGCCCAGCGCUGUAAAUUCAGAGGAAUUUGAAAGUUCUGCGUGUACGCGUGUUUUCUGAUCCGUAGUAGAUGAUGUUCUAAAUAUAAGCCCGGGCCCUGUGAGAGCAGUCAGCAGGCCAGAGGCUGCCCGCUACCUGGAGGCAGCUCGCUCACGUGCCUUCUGGUAGAGCCCUCUCGCACAAUUUGCAAGUUCCUUUUUUAGCCUCUCUGUUUUAUUUCCAGCCCGAGCCUUUCAAGGGCAGUUCCCAGCGCCGAGUCCUUAGCUCAGCCCUGAACUGCUGCCAGGCCAACGUGACUUCUCUUCCUGUAAGAGGCACAAAAGAAAACGACCUUCUGCUUCCUCUCCCCGUCUGCCCGACAGAUUCCAGGGCCCGAUGUAGGAGUUGCUCCUUGUUGCAAAUCCUCACAUGACGGUGCAGUCAUCGGCAUUACCAAAAGACCCAGGCUUGCAUAAAAACAGCCACACAGACGCUGCAGUCACAUGGAGAUACUGGCCUUUUCUUCCAGCCUAAUUAUUCGGUGGCUGAAACAAGUGCAACGUAGUCAUCGAGCUGCUGGGGCUGUAUCUCAUCUGCAGCUGGAAGCGAGCCCCUGCGUUUUCGCUUGCAUGCAGCUGACUCGGUGGAGGUCGAGGGAGGGGAGCCAGCAGCUCUGCUGGGCCUUUGUGAGUCUCUGCUAGGCACCGUCUUGCCCUCUGUCGCCGCAUCGGCGAUGAAAACAAGAUGAGAAAGCUGGGAGGAGAAAGUCACAAGACUGCUCCCGUAGCGGGGCGUUUUGUGGACGUGGGGAGAAAACAUUAGUGUUUACCUCAUGUGAUGUGUCUGCUGCGAAAGGUCGUCGCCUUUGUAGUGAAAUUACGAGGCGCUGUCCCCGAGAUGCAGACGGCUGCCUCUGUGCCGUCGCUGGCCGUGAGCCGGCGUCCCCGAGCCGUUCAGCUCACGAGUGUCAGAGCAGCCCGUGCGGCUGCGGGAUGGGAUGCCGGGAGCUGCUCCUUCCUCCCGGGGCGUGUGGUUAGGAACAGGAGCGUUCGCUUCACGGCCGGCUGCCAUCCGGGAUUUUUCAGCAGCACCGGUGUGGGAUCACGGCUCUGAGUCCUCACUUUGGGUUUCUCAGCCUUCGUUAGCAAUAGGCUGCUAAUUAUGCAGGGAGGGGGAUCUUGCCUUUGCGUUAGCAGAAAAACGCCCGCAUUUAGCCGUGUGCUGCCCGGUGCUGCACGCACCAGGCGUGGUCAGCGCCAACCCCUGAGCGCUGAGGGUGCUGGACUCGGACCGAUGCUGAGCUGUGGGGCACCGCUGGGUCCAUGGGGGCUGGAGCAGCGGGGGCUCAGCUCCUCCACACGUGCCCCUGGGAUGCGCCCAGGGUCCCAGCAAUUGCCAGGUCACAGACAUCGCUUAAUUCUGUCCUGAAUGCCUUUUCUCCUUGCCCGUGGCUGCAGGUAGCUCUCUGUCCGUGCGUGGGAUGUUAACGCGAGCAGGGAUCGUGUUUGCUUCGAGUCAAGGUCACUGCAGGAUCCUCAGGAGUCAGGGCAGUGGCGAGGGCUCUUUUCUCGCCGCUUGAGGUCUGCACUCGCUGUCUGGACACAUUGCCCGUGGCUGUCAAGUCGACGCGUUACUUAAUCUCUGUUGCAAUAUCGACGUUUCUUUAGCAACUCCCUGUCUAGGCGCUGUUUUUCAGGGCACGGUCGCCUUGAUUCAUUGAUGGCACCAUUAUGUCUAGAGUCUUGUAGGCUCUGUCCCUUGAAGUCCCUGUUGCUCCACUCCAGCACUGUUUACAGGCAGCUCUGCAGCUUUCGGUGACUCCGCGGAGAAGCAGCGCGCGCCCAGUUCGUCCUUGAAUUACACGUGGGUUGGCAUCAGAUUUCCUCGCUGAGUCAAGAUGCAACUGCUACGACCUGAAUUCACGAGCUUAAAGCUCCGCGGUGCUUGUUCUGCUGCUCACACCAUCACCCCAAGAGAAUUUGCAAUGAGUAACCUCGCCCGCAGCCUUGCAGGCCGGUCGCGAUGGAAGCGGAGCGCCUUUGCAAAGCUCACAGCAGAAAAACUUCGCUUGGCCGUCGAGCAAGCAGGCGUGACCCAGAUGUGACCAGAGCAGAUGCACGGAGUAGAGAGGUGCUGUUUUCUUGCGGCUAUUCCUUGGCAAUGAUUGCGUUGCAAAGCAAAGGAAAAUAUUUUUGUGAGCAGCUCACGCUGAAGAUCUCAUCUGGGAACCUGGAAAACCAGCUCUGCUGUGUUCUGACCGGACUGAAGCAAGGGCCGGCCAGACGUGUUCCAAGCUCUGCUAGCUGAAAUGUGCUAAAAUUCUGCAAAGAAAUGUUCUUUAAAGACCUCUAGGGGAUUGUUAUCUGUCUACUGUGCGAUACCUAGCUGGUGGAGCAGCCAGGAAUUGAGCACGAAGCGUGCAGCUUUGUUUUAAUCAGUUGGUAGUUGACUCCUCGCUCCCCAGUUCCCAGUAUUAUCAUUUAGACUGUUCCUAUCUUCACUUCAGAAGAGCUUUUUUCCUAGCCAGGAGGUGAAGAUACCACCGUGGUUUGAAACGGGGCAGGCUGAAAACAAAAAAGCAAAACAGAAAAGCAAAACAAAAAAGCAAAACAAAAAAGCAACGCUUUGUGCAGCAGUGGCUGUGCAAUCCCCUGGCCCUUAGGGCCAACCUCUUCGUCACUGCCGAUGGUGGCGGAGGCCGUCAGCAGGAGCAAAGCACUGAGGACACUCUGCUUUUGAUAAUGUGGCUUCAGAAAUGCUUUCUGGACGUAUGAAGUGUAGAGCAGUGUUCUGACAGCUGAAAAUACCUCGUGAUUUAUAUGCUUUCUUUGGAAGCUGGCUUGGAUGUGCUGUAGCCAGCUCUCUAUCAGCCCUCUUAAAUUGCACAAAAGAGGCUAAAAUGCUUUUGGCUCCCAUUUUCUAGGAGGUUUUUUUUGUCUCUACUACACCAAGGCUCAUCAGCGAGCUCGUCAGCACUUUUCUUGUUUGCUCAGCAUCAGCUGGAUGCUGCUUCCCAGUAGUGCGAGCCUUGUCUAGAGAACAUUCGUACGAAGAGCACCGCUUAUCUCCCCGCGCCUGAACAGAAGGCAGAUCGUUUUUAAGUAAAUAUUUUUGUCGUAAGCUCAGGGGUUUGUUUUUCCCGAGCUUGAUGGCUGCGAGUUCACCCCUUGUGCAGACCCGGGCAUGAAGCUGAGACCCAUGCAGGCAAACCCCCGGCGGGCAGCGCGUCUCCUGUAGGUGCUGUCUCCCGUUGCAGUAUCGCUACUGCUGAUCUCCCGGGGGAUGAAUCCCCAGAGCCAUGUGCAGCACGCGCGCUGCUGCUCCUGGCUUUGAUCUUUGGCGUUGCAGAAAGCGAGCUGAAGGGGGAGACGUCACCCCGGACUGCUCGGCCUCAGCGCAGGCAGAAGUCUGCGAGGGAGGAAAUCAGCCUCGAGUCCCGCUCCGAAGGCCAGAUGAGUGAGAGUGACGCCGGAGCAGAUGGCCCACGCGUCUCUGAGCAGGAUACCUCGUCCUCGAGCAUCGAGUGACCUCAGCCGAGCCUGCGGAUGAGCAGUCCCCGCGGUGACACGAGGGCUGAGUGCGGCGGCUCCGAACCGCGCUGCCCGCGGAAGGUCUGCAAAAGUCAUAAAAGUGUUCUCGCGUGCUGGGGCCUAGAGCCGAUGGCAGACAAUGUCAACAACUAACAACAUAGCCCAGGCCCGCAAGCUGGUGGAGCAGCUCCGCAUCGAGGCCGGCAUCGAGAGGAUCAAGGUCUCCAAAGCAUCCUCCGAGCUAAUGAAUUACUGCGAGCAACAUGCCAGGAACGACCCGCUGCUGGUUGGAGUGCCCGCCUCGGAGAAUCCCUUUAAGGACAAAAAGCCUUGUAUCAUCCUAUAGCUUCCCUCGCUCGGGCGCGUGCGAUCUCUCCGGCAGGGCACCACCAUUCUGUACCAACUGAAACCAAGCCACAAACCUAAAACCGCGCCGAGGGGUAAACACUAACGUCGGAUUCACGUAGAACUUAAAUCUCAAACAAUUGCGAGUGCUUUAGAGACGGGUGUCUGCUCCUGGGCAGGUGCCGCACUGAGAGGGGUCAAAAUUUAAAAACAAAAACCCAGGGUUUGGGGAGGGGGUGGGGGCGUUUUUAAUAGGGACAUUCAAAAUUGGUACCGGGGUGGUGGAGGAAGCAGGGUUUUUAUUGCGUUUGCCAACGGGAUGCAAGUGGGUAUCGGGACCUCGCCGUUAGGGGCGUUGAACAAAGGUCUAGGUGGGUCUGACCUGAUUAGUUUCCAAUUAGCACGUCAUUUCAAGAACCGCAGCCUGCUCGCUCCGUUUCUGGAGAGGGAACGGGGGAGAGGAGUCCAGGCGGGUGGCGAUUUCCUAGAAAACUAGUACAAAAAAAAACCAGAAACAACCCACCUCAAAUCACAACUCGAAAAAAUUGCUGUUGCAAAUGAGUAAGUCAAGCGCCGGGGAGGGGGCACGGAGGCAGCGUGGGGGGCCCCCGUCCCGCGCAGCGCGGGGAGCCCUGAGAGCCGGCGGCUCGCAGCGGGGAGCUCCCAGCAUGGGAACCGCCGGGGUCGGGCUCCUCUGAUCUCGUCGGGGUUUUGGGUUCUCUGUGGGGUUACCGCUGUUUUUUCCCAAACAGGACUGUACUGGGGGCGGGGGGAGGGAAGGGGCUUUCCGCAGCGCAGUACCGCGCGAGAAACCUUUGGAACCGGCCUUUGGGAGAUUCUCAAUCCAAAACACUAAAGCUGGCAGAUUUACCAGUAUUUCCCAUCGCCCUUGCUCUUAGCGAGAGCGGGAAGUGGAAGUACUGCCACCCAGCCCCGCUAGCUCGGGGAGAUGAGGGUCAGGCUGUCGGGCAGUAGUGCAGCUCCCAUCCCUUGGCCAUCUCGCCACGCCGUGUGAAGGGGGAGGCGGCUCGGCACGGCACGGCCCGGCACGACGCAGUGCGGCACGCGGGGAGGAGCGGGGACGCAGCGGGCAGCCCCCCUGGCCCCCGGGGACAGGUCAGAGCUCAGGGAAGUCCCCACCGCGUCCCACAGCCACCUCGCUUCUCACGGUCACGGCGCCCUGGCUUUAUCCGAGCCCAGCCUGUUUCUGCGGGGCAGAGCCCGGGGCUCCGUGGCGAGGAGGAGGAGGAGGAGGAGGAGGAGGAAGGCUGAUGCUCCUCUUGGUAGGCAGAGGCCCCGUUAGGUUUCCUAACCACGACACCGGUACCCAUUCCCAGUUCAAGUGAGUGCAAGCACCCGAUUCUGUGGUCUAAAUAGUUUCAGAUGCUGUUUGGGGAAGAGAAGGAAAAAAAAAACCCCACACCUGAUGUGAACGGCUGGGAGCUUCCCCGUUCCCCCAGGGUUCCUUUGGCUUUGGUUUGGGACGCCACGACCGCCCGCUGGGACGGAAAGCCCAAGAGAGGGGAGAGGAAGGAGCCCUUCGGUGUCUGCUCUGCUGCGGCUCGCUGGGAGGGAGGAGAAAUGAUGGUAACACUGGGUGCUGCCGGCGUGCCGCUGUCGGGGUCACCGCGCCGCCGCGUUGGUGCAGGCUGGCGGGGAGGAGCGGAGCGGGGCCGGUGGCCCGGGGGGCCCCAGGAGGCUGCGGUGGCGGAGAUGCUUCAUUCACACUUCUUGGUUCCAGGUGUCGCCCUCGCUUUUUUAAGUGCGUGAUCAACUCGCCUUUUUAAACAGAGUCGGGGUAAUAAAAAAAAGGACAAAACGCGUUUUUAACACUAACACCAACCGCAGCACCUCCCGUGUUCGUCUUGCAGCCACUUCCCUGGGGUUUUUUUUUGCCGAACUGAGAACUCCAAACCCCCCGUCUUCCCCGCGUCGCGGGCUCCUGGCCCGCGGGUCCUCCCCGUCCCACCGUGAGCGGUGCCGGAGGUGCACCCGGGGGAAUUUCAUUCGUUUCCCUCUGGCUGAGCGCAUCCCGGCCCUGCUCGCGCCUCCAGCCCGGUGCCGUGCUCAUGCUGUGUCCCACCACGCGCCCGCAGCUCCGCACCGGGCACCGGCCACCAGCAGCGAGGUGACCCCGAGGGCGGCUCCCCGGCACGGCCACGGGCAAAGCCUUUUUUAAUUUCAAUCUCUCAUCCAGCAUCACUUCAAGCUCCCGAAUGCCGCAUCUGUAGCGGGAAGCGAGCACUGUCCUGAGGGUUUUGCCGCAGCAGGGCUUUCUCUUCUCGAGGAGGGAAUUUCCUCUGUCCUUAAUCUAGUACAGUUCCAGCCUUAUUUUUCUACUCCAGAUCGCUGAUUCUUCCUCUAUGUUAGAGACCAGAGCAUGGUGCUAUAGCCGGUGGGCCAGGCCAGCGCCCGAGCUGCAGGGCAGCGAGACAGCCCCGCGUCCUGUCCUGCCUCCGUGCAGCACCGCGCGGGCGGCCGAGGGGAGCGCAGGCGUUGGGCACGGCUGCUCCGUGCCCGGACCUGGCCCUGGGGUGCUCCCCGCACCCCGACACCCGGCGGGAGCGAGCCCCGCACCCGAACCCCUCCGCACCCACCCCACGCCACCCGGACCGGCUGCGGGUGCUCUGCCGGCGGGUCCGGGCAGCGGGUCGGGGUCGGGGUCGGGGAGCGUCCCCCCGGUGUCGCGUCCCCGCUGGGCACGCGUGGCCCCGUGCGGAGCCGCGGUCCUGGCCAAAUCCUGCCGCUGCUGUGCCAUGGGGCAGGCGGGGGGGCUCGGGUCUGGUGCACGGCUGGGGAUGGGAAACAGCCUCGGAGCUGGGGGGGCCGCCUGCACCCAGCGCAGAGCUGCCUCCUGUCCCUCCGGGGGGACAGCGGGGACAGGGGCGCCGGGCCGGCUCCCUGCGGUGCCGUGCGCGGUGGCUGCACGGAGGGACGGAGGCUGCGGGGCCCGGCUGCAGUCGGAGGCUCGCGAGGGGGGAAAAUCCUCAACCUUUUUUUUUUUUUUUUCCUUUUUUUUUUCCUUUUUUUUUUAAUGUUUUUUCCUCGUCUGAGUAAAUCGGUGAUCAUACUGUAGAUGUUUUUUGUAUAGCAUAAAUAUAAGUGCAAAUUACGGUAGUUGCUUGUACUUUGUUAGUGCAUUUGCCAAAAAAAAAAAAAAAAAAGAAAAGAAAAAAAAGUUAAAAAGAAAAAAAAAAAAGACACUUUUCAGGACUUUUUAAGCACUCCAGAAUGCUGGGGGGGGGGGGGGGGGGCGAGGAGGUGGUUGGUGCCUCUUUUGUGCUGCUGCUCAGGCGUCGGGCAGCCAGUGCCAGCUCAGCGCUGGCUCCACAAAGGCCUUUUUUUGGAUGUAAACACAUGCCCAAAUCUGCCUGAAGUUUUCUUUUUAGCAUGUGGUGAAGCUGCUGCCAAAAAUAGAAAGGAGAGGGACCGGAGAAUAAAAGGGAGAGAGGAAACGUAGCUUCUAUUUAAUUUUUUUAAACCGGUCCCGUUUUCCUUGCCCUCCCCUCCCUGUCUCGGGGACCUUCCCAGGGCGCAGCCCCGAGCCCCGCACGGCGCCCGUGUGGCCCCGCAGCUGCCAGGCGGCUCGCUGAUGGUAACGGUGCUGCUGGUGCCGGUGCUGCCGGUGCCGGUGCCGGAGCCAGAGCCGGUGCCAGGCACGGUUUGGUGCCGAGCAGCCCGGCUGCAGAUCGCAGAGCUCGGGGCUGACCCCACGGCGCCGCCACCGUCCCCCGAAAUCGGCACCUUUGGUGCCCCCAGCAGAGCCCUCUUCCUCCGAGUACUUAAAAAGUCACCUUUAUUUAACAAAAAGUGAAAAUAACGCAUUUACUUCAUCGAGAAGAAGCCACGCGUCUGAUACUUUGCGCUCUUUAAUUUUUCUCUCUGGUCUAUUAUUAUUAUUAUUAUUAUUUGCCAAAUUCUGAUAUUGUUGCCAAACGCAAAUCAAGGUUUGUAAAGACUGUACUUAGGAAGUAAUCGGUGUACGUAACGUAGGCUCCUCAUAACGUCUGCAUUUUUGGAUCUCUGAUUUUUAUUUCUGGUGUGCCAUAGACCAAUUUCUUGCACAGUGUUUAAUAUUUCGUGGAAUUGUUGUUAAGAAGUGAAUUGAUAACACAAUAAAAAGGCUCACUUUUCAUUUUGCCAGA